AACGAAGAACAGUGAACUCGGCGGCGGGUGACCCUGGUACUCAGUACCAGUCUUUCUCGUGUAAACUCUCAGGCAGCCAUCUUGGAUUUGGAAGCAGUCUCACAUGUACAGUCCACAUCUUGAUCUUAUAGCCAUGUAGCGUGCGAGUGCUGUGCUAGAGAGGUCUUUUCUUCUUUGUCUGAGUGACUCCUCGUUCAAUAUGGCCCCAACAAUCCAGGAUGGUGUUAAGAACAGGGAUCCAGACAGAAGGCAGAGUUCACUUCGUCAAACAGUUAGCAAAGCAGAUUUUGUGUCCAGAGUAAAGUACAACAACAAUCUCCCAGACAUUCCUUUUGAUGCUAAGUUUAUUGCUUAUCCUUUUGAAUCAAACAGGUUUGUGCAGUACAAGCCAACAUCAUUGGAGAAAAACUACAAGCAUGAGAUGUUGACAGAGGUUGAUCUUGGGGUCAAUAUUGAUCUUAUUGACCCUGAUACAUAUGCUCUAGAUCCAAAUGUCUCGCUGGAUCCCGAUGAUGAAAAACUGUUGGAAGAAGAACCAGUGAAUUUGCCUGAUAAAAAAAGAACGGCACAUCACAACAAGAAUGUAUCGUGGCUACGAAGAACUGAAUACAUUUCGACUGAGUACAACAGAAGUCGCACUAGUAAUGAAAUGGUGGAAACCAAGGUUGGAUUCAAUGUUAAAAAGAAAUUUCAAGGAACAGAUAUUUACAAGGAUCAUGAAAGUCAGAUUGCUGCCAUUGAAAGCACAUUUGAUGCAGCUCAAAGACCAAUCCUUCGUCACCCAACCAAACCAAAUGUCACACCAGUGGAAGUACUACCUGUCUUUCCAGAUUUCCAGAUGUGGGCACAUCCAUGUGCUCAUGUCAUCUUUGACACUGACCCAACUCCGCGAGGUAGAGGAGGUCCAGCAGAGGAAGAAGAAAUGUCUCAAGCACUCAUCAGAGGUAUGGUGGAUGCCAGUGGAGACCAGUUUGUUGCUUACUUCCUUCCAACAACAGACACAAUAAGAAAGAGAAAACGAGACCAAGAGAGUGAGAAGGAAUACACUGAGGAGGAAGAGUAUGAAUACAAAAUGGCUCGUGAAUACAACUGGAAUGUCAAGAAUAAGGCUACCAAAGGUUAUGAGGAAAAUUACUUCUUUGUUUUCCGUGAAGGAGAAGGAGUCUUCUACAAUGAACUAGUAACAAGAGUUCAUUUGAGCAAGCGGCGUGCUCGUGGUGGUGCAGGUGGCGUGCAGUCAGCGGUCUCACAGUUGGUGGUAAAACACAGAGAGUUGAAUGAGAAUGAAAAGAAAGCAGAGCGAAUGCGCAUGGUUCAACUGGAUACAGCGAUGGCAGAAGAAGAGGAAGAAGAA